AUGUCAACUAAUCAAGACGCGCAAAGUCCAACUUGUACGAGCGAGAAUAUAAACGGCGAAAACACGCAGAAAGAAAGCUCGCACCCCGCCAUCGAAACGCCAAAUACCAGCGUCGAUUUACGCGCACGGAUCCAGGGCAUCAAAGGGGAAAGAGCGCAAGAGAAAUCAAGCGUUACGCGCUUUAUAACGAAGCUAAACAAGCUCAUACAAGACCAUGGAAGUCGAACACUGAUCAAAACCCUUAUUGCGAAAAUAGAAAAUCAAGUUCAGAGCGCAGAUAAAUGUAACCGAAAGCUUUACGAACUUCUACCGGAGGAAGAACACGAACACGUCAAGAAAUGGUUGGUAGAAGUAGCCGAAAAAGCUGACGAAGCUGUGGCAAAGGCACUCGAGCACCUCGAACAACGCGAAGACGAACCUCCAUCCGUUUCCGGAUAUAGCGCACAGGCAAAGUCGAAUGUAUCUUCAACCUCGAGACUUUCAAUACGAGCAGCCGAAGCCAGACGAAAGGCGAAGCUAGCACAGCUGAAAACAAAACAAAUAGAAGAAGAAUCGAUUCGGCGAAAGGAACUUGAGCGCAUCGAAGGUGAAAAACUUCUCAAAUUUCAACAAGCAAAAAGGGAACACGACCGUCUUGGCAGAGAAGAAACAGAAAGACGCCGCAUACAAGAGGCGAAAGACCUUGCGGAACAAGCCGAUCUCGAAGCCAGGUUGAUUGAAGAUGAAGUCGAAACAGUCAGUUCGGGAAAUUCGGGUGAUUUAAAGAAACGACUCCGAGACUUCAACGAGGAUUAUCAACCCCCUGUCGAGAACGGAAAUAAGCUUUCAACAAUCUGA